GAGCCAGGCGCAGCAUGGCAGACAAGAAGCGGUUGUUUGAAUCAGAGCGGCUGGAUCCGAUACCUCUGGGCAUGCACUGCAAGCCCUGGUACAAAGAUAAACUACCUUCCCAGUGUUUGGCAAAACACAAGGUACUCAAAUUUCCCACCUCCCUGGAUAGUCGGCGGUGGAGAUUUGUGAAAGAGGGACUGGACGACUUCAGGAAGGGUUGUCCACCUUGUGAAGAUGUGAUCACCCGUGGCCCUAAGAAGAGCUUCCUCCCCUUGAUUCCUCAAAGAGUGCCGCAACCUCCACCCCCAAAGAGUCACAAAGUGCUGUACAAGGAUGCAGGCCUGUUUUCCACGCUCUCGCCAGCCCAGUUUGAGCGGAAGAAAUUCAUGGAGGACGUCGAAGCCCGCCUGAAGCGUCAUCCUUUGGCUAUGUUCCCGGAUCUGGACGAAGAUGUACCUGCAGAGCUCUUACUAAAGGUGCUGCAAGUGGUCGAUCCUGACAGGAGACUGGAAGACACAUGGGCCUACUGCGAGGGCACCAGGAUAAAGAGGAAGCUCCCAAAGAGGGUUUGCAAAACUCAUUAUGCAGAGGCCUACUUAGAACCUCCCAAGAAGAUGCCCGGGGCAUGUCGUCUAAAUUUGUCUCCUAAAGAACUGUCAGAGGAUUUUCAAGAACGUCUUUCUCGUCCUAGAAGAGUUCCAAGAGGAGUUCGUGAAUUCUGCAAAUGGGUUGCUAGUUUUGGAGACUUGGGCAUUGAUGAAGACUUCAUGAUGAACCUGUUUGACUUUAGCCGUGACUACAAACGCACCCAUGAAACUGCCACCAUAAAGAAAAUACGUGACAUUCCUCCGGAGCUGAUGUAUAAUACAGAGUUAAGUGACACGAAGGAUAUAGAAUCGUGCUUAGAUGAGGAUGACUGGGAGAUAAAACUCCUGAAAGAAACGGGUCGUUACAAACGCAAACCUAUGAAGAUGAGGUAUGGAGCAUGGUACCUGAAGCCCAAGCUGUGGAAAAAGCUAAUAAAUGAUGAACCUUUGAUUGACCCCAAGGUCUUAGAGGAAGGUCCUUUUGGAAAAGAGCCUGCUGAGCCAGACAUUCUUGAAGAACUUUAUGGAACAUUAGCCUUUAAAGAUUUCAUUCUGAGCAAAGGCUAUGCUAUGCCAGCCAUGAUUGAGAGGUUGUUUGCCAGGAAGGGAUGGACAUAUGACUCUGUGAAGACGCCUAUGGAGAGAGCAAUGCGAAUCCAUGCACUCAAAGAUGAUGACGAGGACGAGGGGGAGGAAGAGGCAAAGAAGGAGGAGGAAGAGGAAGAGGAGGAAGCGGAGGAGGAAGAAGAGGUGUUGGAGGAAGAGGAGUUGGAGGAAGUGGAGGAAGAGGAGGAAGAGGAAGGCUCCCGCCACCACCACUGCUUCCAUCGCUGGUCAUCUUCGGCCACUCUCUCGACCAUCAUGGGCUCUUACGAGGCCCUGGCCGCCGCCGCCUUCACGCACGACGCCGCUGCCCGCCCCGUGAGCCGCGCGUUCGCUCCGCCUAUCCCUUCGCCUUGA